GGACUGCGAGCCUGCCGCGCUGAGGGACUGGGCCGCACAGCCUCGGCCGCUCAAGUCCCAGCGGACGCCGGGCUCGCCAGGCGGAACCCGCGGGGCGGGGCGCGCAUUCGACCCCGGAAAACUGUCGGGGACGCAGACAGAGGCCAGCCCAAGCGGAGCCUGUCCCGCUCUUCGUGGGACUGAUGGCUCCAGCAGGGACAAGCUGCUUCCUGGACGAUCCAUGUGUAUUGUUCAAAGCACAAUCAGAAAAGUGUCUGCAGCCAGAUGGCCCACGUCUUCGUGUAUGGCACCCUGAAGCGAGGCCAACCCAACCACAAAGUCAUGCUGGACCGCUCACAUGGCUCAGCGGCCUUCCGAGGCCAAGGCUGCACAGCUGAGCCCUUCCCACUGGUGAUCGCGGGUGAGCACAACAUACCUUGGCUGCUGUACCUGCCAGGCAAGGGCCACUGUGUGGCGGGUGAGAUCUACGAGGUGGAUGAGCCGAUGUUGCGCUUCCUGGACGACUUCGAAAGCUGCCCCAGCAUGUACCAGCGCACAGCCCUGCAAGUGCGGGUGCUGGAGUGGGAGGGUGCCAGUGGCCCUGGGGACAGCAUUCAGUGCUUUGUGUACAGUACAGCCACUUAUGCGCCAGAGUGGCUGCGUCUUCCCUACCAUGAAAGCUACGAUUCUGAGGGCCCACACGGGCUGCGCUACAACCCCCGGGAAAACAGGUGAGGGCCGCGUGUGCCAACAGGGUGGAGGGAGCCUGGUGCUGCCUGGCACAAGCAGAGCUUUCCCAGCACAACAUCUGUCUGUAAACACGCUGACAACAGGCCUCUCUG